AUGGUUAUACGACAAGGAGUGAACUCUCCUUGUCGUAAGACCAAGACCCAAACCGAAACCAAGACAAUUCAACAGCCACACAGCAAAACCAGAAGUGUAGUCAAGACCAGACUUCCAAGACCAAAACCAAGCCAAUCAAGACCAGAGGUGUGGUCAAGACCAGACCUCCAAGACCAAGAACAAAACCAAGAGAAAGACCAGAGGUGUAGUCAAGGCCAGACCUCCAAAACCAAAAGCAUGACCAAUCAAGACCAGAAGUGUAGUCAAGAUCAGACCUCCAAGACCAAAACCAAGCCAAUCAAGACCAGAGGUGUAGUAAAGACCAGACAUCCAAGACUAAAACCAAGACCAAUCAAGACCAGAGGUGUAGUCAAGACCAGACCCCCAAGACCAAAACCGAGACCAAUGAAGACCAGACCUCCAAGACCAAGAACAAAACCAAGAGCAAUCGAGAUUGGUCUUGCUCUUGGUUUUGGUUUUGGACUUGGAGGUCUGGUCUUGACUACACCUCUGGUCUCGAUUGGUCUUGCUCUUGGUUUUGUUCUUGGUCUUGGAGGUGUAGUCAAGACCAGACCUCCAAGUCCAAAACCAAAACCAAGAGCAAGACCAAUCAAGACCAGACCACCAAGUCCAAAACCAAGAGCAAGACCAAUUAAGACCAGAGGUGUAGUCAGGACCAGACCUCCAAGACCAAAACCAAGAGCAAGACCAAUCAAGACUAGAGGUGUAGUCAAGACCAGACCUCCAAGUCCAAAACCAAGAGCAAGACCAAUCAAGACCAGACCUCCAAGUCCAAAACCAAGAGCAAGACCAAUUAAGACCAGAGGUGUAGUCAGGACCAGACCUCCAAGACCAAAACCAAGAGCAAGACCAAUCAAGACCAGACCUCCAAGUCCAAAACCAAGAGCAAGACCAAUUAAGACCAGAGGUGUAGUCAGGACCAGACCUCCAAGACCAAAACCAAGAGCAAGACCAAUCAAGACUAGAGGUGUAGUCAAGACCAGACCUCCAAGUCCAAAACCAAGAGCAAGACCAAUCAAGACCAGACCUCCAAGACCAAAACCAAGAGCAAGACCAAUUAAGACCAGAGGUGUAGUCAAGACCAGACCUCCAAGUCCAAAACCAAGACCAAUCAAGACCAGACCUCCAAGUCCAAAACCAAGAGCAAGACCAAUUAAGACCAGAGGUGUAGUCAGGACCAGACCUCCAAGACCAAAACCAAGACCAAUCAAGACCAGACCUCUAAGACCAAGGACAAGAACAAAACCAAGAGCAAGACCAAUCGAGACCAAAGGUGUAGUCAAGACCAGACCUCCAAGACCAAAAACAAGAGCAAGACCAAUCAAGACCAGACCUCCAAGUCCAAAACCAAGAGCAAGACCAAUCAAGACCAGACCUCCAAGACCAAAACCAAGAGCAAGACCAAUUAAGACCAGAGGUGUAGUCAAGACCAGACCUCCAAGUCCAAAACCAAGACCAAUCAAGACCAGACCUCCAAGUCCAAAACCAAGAGCAAGACCAAUUAAGACCAGAGGUGUAGUCAGGACCAGACCUCCAAGACCAAAACCAAGACCAAUCAAGACCAGACCUCUAAGACCAAGGACAAGAACAAAACCAAGAGCAAGACCAAUCGAGACCAAAGGUGUAGUCAAGACCAGACCUCCAAGACCAAAAACAAGAGCAAGACCAAUCAAGACCAGACCUCCAAGUCCAAAACCAAGAGCAAGACCAAUCAAGACUAGAGGUGUAGUCAAGACCAGACCUCCAAGUCCAAAACCAAGAGCAAGACCAAUCAAGACCAGACCUCCAAGUCCAAAACCAAGAGCAAGACCAAUUAAGACCAGAGGUGUAGUCAGGACCAGACCUCCAAAACCAAGAGCAAGACCAAUCAAGACCAGACCUCCAAGUCCAAAACCAAAACCAAGAGCAAGACCAAUCAAGACCAGACCUCCAAGUCCAAAACCAAGAGCAAGACCAAUUAAGACCAGAGGUGUAGUCAGGACCAGACCUCCAAAACCAAGAGCAAGACCAAUCAAGACUAGAGGUGUAGACAAGACCAGACCUCCAAGUCCAAAACCAAGAGCAAGACCAAUCAAGACCAGACCUCCAAGUCCAAAACCAAAACCAAGAGCAAGACCAAUCAAGACCAGACCUCCAAGUCCAAAACCAAGAGCAAGACCAAUCAAGACUAGAGGUGUAGUCAAGACCAGACCUCCAAGUCCAAAACCAAGACCAAUCAAGACCAGACCUCUAAGACCAAGGACAAGAACAAAACCAAGAGCAAGACCAAUUGAGACCAGAGGUGUAGUCAAGACCAGACCUCCAAGAUCAAUAUAA